CCACCCACCUCCCUAUAAGAACCACCUCACCUCAGAUCCCAUCCCCCACAACCAUCCUUCAACACAGCAAGCAACCUCAGCCACACCGCAACUUCUUCAUCACCAUCACCAGCUAGCAAGACCAAGAAGCGGAUCGAGGAGCAAAGAGAGAGAGAUGGCCAUGGCAGCGUCCGCGGAGAGCAAGAGCCGGAGGUUCGCGCUGGCGUGCGGCGUGCUCAGCCAGUACGUCAAGGCGGAGCAGAAGCUGUCGCAGUCGACAGCCGCCCCGCGCGCGCCUGUCACCACGACGCUCAGCCUCAUGCCCGGCGCGGACGUCGCACAGGAGCAGGAGCAGGCAUCGACGACGGAGCAGGCGCAGGCGCAGGCGCCGCUGACCAUCUUCUACGGCGGCAGGAUGGUCGUGUUCGAGGACUUCCCGGCCGAGAAGGCGGCCGAGGUGAUGCGCAUGGCCGCCACCACCGGCGCCUCCGCCCCUGCCCCUGUGGCCCCGGCGCUCGGCGGGGACAUGCCCAUCAUGCGCAAGGCCUCGCUGCAGCGCUUCUUCGAGAAGCGCAAGGACCGCCUCGGCGCGCGCCAGGCGGCGCCCUACGCCCGGCCCGCGGCUGCCGCGGCCAAGGACUCGUCGGAGAAGUCGUCCUCUUCAUCCUCCUCCUCGUGGCUCGGGCUGGCCAGCACGGAGGACGCCCGCCUCGCCUUCGCCCUCUGAAUUAAGCCUCAUCUGGAGGGAGGGAGCAAGACGUACGGCUUGAUCCUUGUAGAGCACCGCUUUUAAUUUCUAAUGUAUUCUUUGGAUGAAAAUUCGAUACUAGGGAAUGGAUGAUUAAGAUUGGAACCAUCAUCAUAAUUAAGCUAAGCUUCUUUUUUGUUUGCUUGACAAA